AUGAAUCCAAUAAAAUCAUUCUUUCAUUUGAAAAAUUAUUGGUUUUUAGUUCCAUUUAUUGGUCAGAUUCCAUGGUUAGGUAUGCUUAUAGCAAUGUUAAGUGCAUGGAAUUUACAAGGUCGUCCACUUUAUUGGUUUGCAAAACCUGAUCAAAUUCCUCCAUAUAUUUCUUAUAUUGGUGCUACAAACUUAAGACCAUUAUUUAUAAGUUGUGCCGGUGCCCAAGGUUUAUUUUAUGAAGCUACCUUGGUAAUUGAAUUUUUCUUAAGAAGAUCUGGGAAAUUACAAUAUUGGUUCAAGAAAGAUGAAAGAAAUUUAUUAUUUAGUGCAAUUAUCUUAGGGGCAAUUGGUGAAUUAGGUAUAUUAUUUGUUGCAAUUUUUUCAAUUAAAAAAUAUGACACAGUGCAUCAUGCAAUGUUGGGAGUUUUUUUAGCUUUUAUUUGUCUUUCAGGUAUUUGUUUAAUUACAGAAAAUUGUUUAAUGGGUCUUCAUUAUCAAAAAAUUCAUGUUUCUCAUAAAUAUUGGAAUAAAUUUACCAUAUCAUUUUAUUUAAAAUUAACUUAUAUUGUUUUAGCUAUAGUUUUCGCUAUAUGUUUUGGUGGGUUCCAAAAUAAUACAAUUUCAUCAAUUUUUGAAUGGACACUUGCAUUUUGGUAUAUUACAAUUUUUUGGAUUUUAACAUGGGAUUUAUUCCCAGCUGCUAAACAUCAUCAUAAAAAUGCUCAAUAUAUUAAAAAUUGGGAAAAUUAUGAUUAUUAUUAUUAUAAUCAAAAUCCAGAAAUUCAUCCAUAUGAAAAAUAUGCAGGCCCUGGUUUAAUUAUCCCAGAAUCACAUCAUGAAACUGGUCCUUAUUCAACUCAAAAUUAUUCAAAUUCAAAUGAAGGUGCUAAUACAUUAGUUCAAUCUCCAGGCGAAGAUCAUUUAAAUACAAAUCGUGAAUUUACAGAUGAAGAAUUAAGAUCAUAUCCACAAAAAAAUCAAAAUGAUUCUUAUCCAAUACCAAAUGGUCAACAAAUUCCAAUUUAUAAUCAAGUUAAUGAUAAUGAUAAUAUUGAUCCUUAUACUCAACAAAAAGAAUUAAAUAAUAAUAAAGAAGUACAAAGUGCUUAUGAAAAUGGUACAAAAGAUGAUAAAAAAAAUUGUAUUAUAGUAUAA